AUGGCCGAAGAAAAUGUCGAAUUCCCGGUCAUUGACUCUCACAUCCACCUCUUUCCAGAAUCUGAAUUAGAGACGCUCGCCUGGUGCUCACCGUCCAACCCGCUACACAAACAACACUCCCUCGACGAGUACGAAGCUGCGACAGGAUGCCCUCCAUCAUUUGAAGGCUUCAUAUUCCUCGAGACCGAUCGUAAACAUGAUCUCAAGCUCGGAGCUGAGGAUGGACGUGGUUGGGAAAUGCCAUUGAUGGAAGUGGAGUGGUUGAAGAGAGUAGCACUCGGAACUCCUAGAGAUGGAGAAGGACACAGCGAAGGGCAAAAGAAGCUAUGCUUGGCUAUCAUACCCUGGGCACCUCUACCUAGUGGCGCAGAUGUCCUGCAGCGCUAUGUCAAGGAAGUGGAAAAGCAUGCUGAGAGUUCCUUUUCGAAAAUAAAGGGUUUCAGAUAUCUCGUGCAAGACAAGCCGAGAGGCGUUAUGCUGCAGCAUGGCUUCAUUGAGGGGCUCAAAUGGCUAGGCAAGAAUGGAUACGUGUUUGAUCUUGGCGUUGAUCAGCAUAGCGGUGGGAAGUGGCAAUUGGAGGAGGCCGUGGAGAUGAUUGAGAAAGCUCAUGAAGAUGUGCCGGAGGAAGAAAAGGUGACCUUCAUAAUCAAUCAUCUCUGCAAGCCCGACCUCUCGGUAUAUAACCAAACGGAUCCCAAGUUCGUGGCAUGGAGGACAGCAAUGUUCAAGCUUAGCAAGUGCAGCAAAACCUUUCUGAAGCUGAGUGGUUGCUUCUCGGAAAUGCCAGAUGCAUUGAAGAAAGCUCCCGUGGAUGAGAUAUUCCUUGCUUUGCAGCCAUACCUCGUCGUUAUACUGGCAACUUUUGGACCUUUCAGAAUUAUGUUUGGAUCAGACUGGCCAGUCUGUACAAUCGGUGUUGACGAUGCUUGGAAGAAGUGGAGACAAGUUGUGGAAAGGUUUUGUGACCUGGCAAGUUUGAGUCAGGCGGAGCAAAUUAUGAUAUGGAGUGGAACUGCAAUCAAGGCGUAUGGAAUCGAGGAGUUGAUGUAA